AAUCAGAUGAUGUUUUCUCUGCUUUGCAGAUUGCUAUGAUCCCUUGAAUCCAAAUGGAAACAUUACAGUUACUUUCGACAUUCAUGAUUGGACAAAUGAUGGCUAUCUGGCAAAGGUUACUAUCCAAAAUUACUAUCAGUAUCGCCAUGUGGACCAACCUGGGUGGAAGGUAGGGCGGUCAUGGACCAACACUGAAGUGAUCUGGUCAAUGAGUGGUGCCUUUGCCACCCAGCAAGGAAAUUGCACAACCUUCAAGUUCCAGACACCACACUGCUGCAAGAAAGACCCUGUGAUUGUUUAUCUCAUGCCAGAGGCCUUACCACAAAAUAGGUCAGAGGAUUGCUGCCGUGGCGGUCUUCUUUCUCCCUGGGCUAUCGACCCGUCCAAUUCACUCUCCUCCUUUGAAAUGAAAGUUGGCAACUUAGCGGGAAAUUUUCCUGCUUAUAAGCCUCAAAAUCUCACUUUGAUGGUACCACGUCCUGGCUACACUUGUGGCCCAGUUUUAGACACUGAUCCCACAGUUACCUCUGAUAUUGGAGGUAGAAGACAAAAUCAGAAACAUGGAAAUCAACUUGCACUUACUCAAGCUUUUUGGCUAACAAAAAACCAGUCUGCUGUGUGUCACUCUCAACAUUUUACAACCCCAACAUCACACCAUGUCCCAAGUGUAGUUGUGGAUGCAAAGAGGCAGACCAAACUACAGUUUUAUGCAGGGACGAAGUCCAACGCAGUGAUCAUAUGUGCGCAGUACUGUUGAAGCUGUAUAUUGUUGCAGGUUGGCUGAAACCAGGAUGCUGAACCAGCAUAUUCCAGUUUGAGAAGUUUCUUUGGUAAUUGUAGUUAGAGAUUGUCAGUUUUACCCUCCAUUGAUUCAAGUAAUUGGUUUUAACAUGCCAAUGAACUUGAACCGAGCACAUUUCUCUCUACUAUAGAUAGCACUUGGUUAUUCCAUAUAUCCAAAUGCUCAACAGUGCCCUUUUUUUUUCUUUUUUUCUUUUUUUUUUUUUUUCUGUUAAUGUGUAUUAGGGUAUGUGGGCUUUAGGCCCACCUUGUUUACUUGUAUAGCACACUUACUUGUACUGCACACUCUGCCUCCUAUAUAAAGGCAUUCAUGUAUAUUCUAUUAUUGUGUGAAAUACAAUGCAAUCAUUCAAUGUUUCUAACAUAGUA